GUUUAGAUUUAGAGUUUAGUGUUUUGUUUAUGGUAUUAUUUUUUUUUUUGUAACUACUAUUAUUUUUAUUUAUUUAUACUUUUUUUAAUUUUAAAAACGUAAUAUAAUUUGACAAUAUUUUGUUUUCUGUUUUAAAAGAUAUCAGAUUUAAAAUAACUAAAUCUUAUUGGUGAACCCAAAAAUAAUUUUUAAAAAUCCAUUAUUCCUCCUAAUUAUUUGGUCACUAUUCAUAGCCUGGAUUUAAAUGUUUAGGAACCGGAUGAUCCGGAACAGAAAGAAACCAGUCCAAACCUGACCCGAGGACUGGAAUAUCAAGGCUUUAGGGGUUUGUUUAGGCCUUAUGGGCCCAUAUUGGCUGGGCUCUGUUCCAACUUCCAAUUAAUUCUUGAAUAAUUAAUAGACUCGAAUGGUCUAUUUCAACAAUUCGAGUUCUUUUAUAUUUUGUACAUACAUUAUGGGAUUCCCUGGUGGUACAACUCUCUGCAAAUAUAUCCGCUCUUAUUCAGAGAUGACGUUACAAAAUAAAUGCUUUACGACUAUGACCACUUAAGCUGACCAUGACUACUUGAUCGGUUAAGGGCAUUUUGGUAAUUGUCAAGUCUCACUCUCUGUGAAGCCAAAAGCUCCUGUCACAGUACAAGACGUAUCAGAUGAUGAUGAUGAUGAUGAUGAUGAACCAGCUGGUGAUGAUGAUUAUGAUCAGAACAUGAUCAUUUCUCUUUCUUUGGGAAGCAGCGACGAAGAGUACGAUGCUGAUAAAACGGUCGGUGAAGUUAACAAAGCUCAUAGAACUUUAGAGAAAGGAAGCUCUUCGCAAAGGAUAUGUGCUCAAUCUAUUGAUGAUCCGGAAAUGUAUCUUGAUGAUCCCAAGAACCCUUGCUUUAUUGCAACGUCGUCGCCGUGUAGGAGUAUGUUGGUGAUUGCUAAGCAAGUAAUAAAAGAAUAUGGCUUGAAGUUUGAUGGCACGAUCAAGUUCAUCGAUGGGUUUGGGGAAGUAGAUGGAAAGAUUGGAAACUGGAAAGAUCGUGUUGUCGUUAAACCGUGGCAGGAAAUCUAUCACAGAAACGAUGCAAAGCCAGGAGAUGUGAUCAUAUGUGAGAUUCUACGUGAAGGAGAUGUUGUUCGAUCCAUCAAGCCUCAUUUCGUUAAGAACUAAUGUUUUAUUUAUGCGUCUGAAGACUUUUAAGUUAAGAAUUCGUGUUUAUGUAAUGUUGACCUUCGUCGUUUAUGUAAUAUUUAGGCUGUUAUCCUUUGUUUUCUCAGGAUCUUGUUGAAACUUGGUGUUUGCUUUAGGAUUUUAGUUGUGAUAUUUAAAUCUUGUGUGUGGCAUGUGUACUAUAAAUGAUGGAGUGUGCCUCUUCUACAUUUUAGUAAAAUUACACAUCUAUUAAUCUAAUCUAACCAGAUCGGUGUCAAUCGGUUUAAACUUGAAAGUACUAAAAAACGUAAAACGGCAGUUAGGCAAGUUAAUCUCUCUGCUUAUUUAAAUCAAGGAAGAUACAAUAAGGAAAAUGUCAUGUUCAGUACUAUUACUAUGUUAUUUAUUUAAUAUAUUAAGGUACUAAACAUUCUGACCUCAUCUUAUCUCAACGCAAACAAACAAUUAAGAAUUAACCAUUGAUACGUUAGAUCGUAUAUUCAGACUUAUUUAAUCAAGAAGUAUUGAAUCUGUGAGACUUCUGCUCUGCGUCAUACCUUUUUGUAGUUGUAACAGGUUAGUUAGCUCUAAAGAUAAAGUAAUAAUCUUAACUGGAGAAAUGAAAGGAAAAAAGAUGAUGAGGAAAAGGUCAAAAUGCAAACAUUAAUGGAAUAAGAAUAUAAAUACAUAAUUAAACGACGGAACACAUGCAAUGUGGUUCAUCUUUCUUUUUUUCUGGAAACUUUUGUUAUAUCUUUUCCGUUUUUGUCUCUUUCCUAAACAUUCUUUUCAUUUUGUUCAGAAAAAUACAAGAAACCUUAAUAAAUUGCAGACUUUUUUGCAAUCAAAAAUAUUUUUAGAUCCUGCUUAACUCGAGAAUCAAUGGUCCCCUGGGCUAGACUUAAGGGUAUGAAUGCAGACUAAAGGCAAAGUAAUUGUUUCACGCAUCUAAACUUAUUAAGAUUUUCUUUUAAUCGACUACAAAAAAUAAUUCAACUUUAUUAAUAAUUCAUUAUUUAUCUAUCAAAUAAAUAUAUAUAAUUGCUAUCACCCCCUCCUUACAUCAACACAAAAACUAGACUGUGGAACCAAAAAAACUAUAAACAUGUUUAACUGUUUUUACCCCUAACUGUUUCCCUUUCCACCCGCCAAAACCAGUUGAGACAUAUUUACAUCUCUACCCUUCCACAGUCCCAUAACAAAACUCCAACUCUGUCUCUUACUCAUUCAAACUGCCAA